CCACUCCACACACCUACUUCCUGCAAUCCUGGCAAUUACCAAUGGAGUGAAACCCAAUUUCUGACGUGGCUGACUCAGCAAGGGCUUGGCUCAAAACAAACACAUCCACGCAGGGAGCCGCAGCCCGGGAAGCAGUGACGGGUGGCACAUGAAGGGACGGCGGCGGCAGCGCUGGGGAGUUUUGGCAUUCUGGGUCCAACCUGGCUGAAUUCCUGGACUCCUGGCUGAGCUCUCCCUGGACUUGAUUCUUCAUCCUGGUCUCUGAGUGCUCCAGCAGCUUCUCCUCUCCACUCCAGGACUCCGGGCUGCUCCAACAAGGUCCCGGAGCCGCAGCACACGUUUAACGAGCUCGCUCACACGCCGCCGCUCCUCUCCACUCCAGGGGGAGACUCCUUCAGAUCCGAGACAAGCCAAGUGCUCCUUGCCACAGCGUGGAGUUUGCAUUUCCUGCACUACCAGCCUCUCUGUGCUGCUUGCAGCUCCAGGAACGGGGCAGGAAGAGGUUGAUCCUGUUGUGUGGCUCUCUGCUGAUCCCUGGGCUUCUGCCUGCAAGGAGCCAGCAUUCCUGCUCCUCGCUGCCUUUCCUCACCAUGGAUACUUGGCGCAGGGGGUCCCUCAAGUCCACCACCUUCUUCCGACGCUUCUCCCUCAGGAGGCACAAAAAGCUGGGCAACCAAGUCAUCAUCCUGAACCAGAACAGCCACACUCUGGACACGGACGGCCAGAAGAGGGAAUGCUUGAGGGAUCUGAAGGACAAGUCUGAGUACCUGUCCUGUCAGAGCGAGCAGAACCUGGCCAAGGCACAAGCCCCUCCCAAGCCUCCCCGGCUGUACCUGGACAGUUCCAGCUGCCCCAACAUCAUCGACCACACAGAUUCCCACUCCGACCUCUCCUUUUCCGAGACUGCUCCGUACCACAAAGGCACUCCCACGCACAAGGACCAGGCUACGGACCACGGCACCUCAGAGGCAGGUCUCCCAAACAGCACUACUCUUCCUGAGCUGGCUGACCCCUUCCUGUCCUUCAAAGUGGAUUUGGGGCUAUCUCUCCUCGAGGAUGUGCUGCAGACCCUCAGGAAACAGAACCCGAGGGAUUACGCCAUUUGAAGGUAUUCACUGUCCAUCACAUCCCAGUUACUCACUGCUGCUGCCAGUUCCUCCCGUUCCAGCAGGAGGAAGGAUACUGGAGCAUGCCUGUCGUGUGUGGCCUGUUUUGUUGUCCUUGCCUCACCCACCACAGAGCAUCCCUGUCCUUGCCAAGGAAUCCUCUGGAGCAGAGCUCACGGGCUCUGUGCUCAGGUGAGAGCACCGUCUGCUGUCUCAUGGCCAACUUUCCGCUCUCCACCCUGGGAAUUUCCCACUCCGGACUGCGCAUCCCAUCCUCAGGGAAGACUGGCAUUUUUUGGGAAAGACUUAUUUUGGGGAUGUGACACUGUGGGGCAGGGACACACAGGGAUUUGGCAUGGAUCACUUGUGGAACAGCAGGCAGCCUGCAAGGAGGCAGCAGCACUGCGCCCCGAAGCCAAAGCUUUGAGGGCUGAGAGACGGGAACUGGGGCUUCUCCUCCCACCAUGUUUGGAUGUGAAAGCUCAAAGCUGUUCCUCCGUUUUUUCUCUUCCUCUUUGUGGGUUUCUUUUCCCUUAACUCCAGUGCAGGUGGCACUCCCAGCCUGGAAACAGGUAAGCAUCCAAGUAGGCUCCUGAUACAGCACCAGCAGUGGAUUUAUCCUCCUGGCAGGAGAAGAGAUGUCUCUGACACUGCUGCCUCACGCAUGCACUGAGCUCCCAGCUGUACAGACAUAGAAGAAUAAAUGUAUCUGUGA